AUGGACCCAAAAAUUUUCAAUGUUGAUAAUAACAACAGUGAAAACGUUGAUUACAACAGUGAAACUGAUGAUUACAACGGUGAAAAUGUCGUUAACAACAUUGAAGACGGUGAUAUAAGGGCAACCUUGAAUAAUAUUUUAGGGAUCGAAGGUAAUGACCGUUUGCUCUUUAAUGUUGGAGAAGAUGAAGAUGAAGAUUCAGAGGAUUUCAAUGGAGGUGGUCCAGACACAUACUUGGACAGCGAGGAUGCAGGGCUCAACUUGGUGCGUGUAGAGGAAAAGGUAAAUACUCCUGAUCACUUUGAGGAAUACGAAGAGGAUCCUUUGACGGAUAAAUAUGAAUAUGAGCAUGAUGUGAUAGAUGAAGAUGAAGCUAGAGGAGGAAUGAACGAGGAGAGAUUUACACAUGAACAAUUUUUACAAGGUCCUAUUGAAGGGAUGACAUUUGGAAGUAAAUAUUCAAUGUUUUCAUUUUACAAAGAGCACGCCACAUUGAAAGGGUUUGGUGUGGUGAAAAAAAUAGCGUUAAAAAAACGUAGUGAUUUUGUUAAUUAUGUUGUCUAUGCUUGUGAUAGGUCAAGGAAAGGAAAACAAAAGAAAUCAAGCAAAAGGAUUGAAUGUAAAGCUCGUGUUAAUGCUGUUAUGAUGGUUGAUGGAUCAUCAUGGCGUGUCACUAGGGUUGAAAGUGAGCAUAAUCAUGUGUUGGAUGCCAGACUAUCACGAUUUAUGCCCUCACACAGGGAAAUGAGCAGGAGUUUGAAGAGGCAGCUUGUUGCUCACGACAUUGCAGGUUUGAGACCUUCAAAGAGCAUAAGACUCUUGGAAGUUGAAGCUGGUGGCCCUGAUAAUUUGGGAUGUACCCCCAAGGACUGCAGAAAUUACAUUUUGCGGGAGAGGAGGUUGAGAACCUUGUCCACUGAUGCAGAAGCCAUAAACAAGUUUUUUCUUGACAUGCAGAUUAAGGAUAGGGAGUUUUUCUAUGCAGUAGACCACGAUAAUUCUGGCAGGCUACGUAACUGUGUAUGGGUUCAUACACAUUCUAAGUAUGCAUAUCUUGAAUUUUAUGAUGUGAUAUGUUUUGACACUACCUAUCUUGUGAAUCAAUGGCACAUGCCGUUUGCUUCAUUCAUUGGUGUGAAUCAGCACCAACAGUCCAUACUUCUUGGAUGUGCUUUGAUUACAAGCGAGGAUGCUAACACUUACAAAUAUGUCUUCUUUACUUGGCUUAGAGCCAUGAUUGGUGUUGCUCCAACCGCUAUUAUGACAGACCAAUGCGAGAGUAUUAAGGAAGCUAUCAGAGUAGUGAUGCCAGACGCAAUCCACAGGUAUUGUAUUUGGCACAUUUUCACAAAGUUGCCUUUCAGGCUAAAGCGAGUUCAUAAUGCUAAAAUCGCCAAGAGGGAAUUUAAAGCAGUAAUCUUUGAUAGCAUUACUAUUGAUGAAUUUGUUGGAAAAUGGGAGGCAUUUAUUCAAAAAUAUGAGUUACAAAACAGAAGAUGGUUCUCUAACUUGUUUUUGGAAAGGGAGAAGUGGGUUCCUGAACUUUCUUUACCUAGUAGUGCUCUCGGGAUUUUAAAUGUUCUGUUGGAGAUAGUUGUUGUGAAGUACACAGAAGCAAAAGUUUUCUUUGGAUUCAUGUGGAAGGAACAAAUACAAACUCAUUACACUUGUACAAUAUAUGAUAUUUUCAUGGACCAGGUAGCAAAAAAGUAUCACUGUGAAAUGAGCAAUCAUGAAGAUGCUGAAGUGGUGAAGGUGUGA